AUGGGAAUUUUAUCUGGUAGUGUUCCAUGGUUUACCAUGAUGAUUGUUCACAAAAGAUGGACACUACUGCAAAAAAUUGAUGACACACUAGAAGUGUUUCACACUCAUGCUGUUGCUGGCCUUCCAGGGGGUGUUCUAACAGGCCUCUUUGCAGAACCUGAGCUCUGUGUACUAUUUUUGUCGGUGAAAAACUCAAGGGGCGGUGUCUAUGGUGGUUCCGGUGGAAUCCAAAUACUCAAACAACUAGUUGGCGGUGCUUUCAUUAUUGGAUGGAACGUUGUCGUUACAUCAAUUAUUUGUGUAGUGAUAAACUUUGUGAUACCAUUGAGAAUGUCUGAGGAACAAUUGCUUAUUGGGGAUGAUGCUGUGCAUGGUGAGGAGGCUUAUGCAUUGUGGGGUGAUGGAGAAAAGUAUGAUGCAACCAAGCAUGGGGAUAACACAGAACAUAACAUGGAAACGAGGACAUCAACUGGUGCCACUCAAGUGAUGUAG